GUUACUUACUGUUUUCAUCAAUGGCUAAUUCCGAUGCGUCAAUGGUUUUGCCUAGGGUUCUUAUCGUCUCUCGACGAACCCUCCGCAAGAACAAGUUUGUAGAUUUCGUGGGAGAAUAUCAUCUAGAUCUAAUUGUAAGCUAUGGAGCAGUACCUGUUAUUGUCCCCAGAGUCAGUGGAGUCCACAUGCUACUCCAAAGCUUUGAACCAAUACAUGGAGUUCUUCUCUGCGAGGGCGAAGACAUUGAUCCGUCCCAUUACGAUGCGCAACUCUCUGGUUUCUCUCCAGGCGAGCUAGAAGAAAUUGGCAAGCUACAUGCAAGCGAUACCGCCAUUGAUAAAGAGAAAGACUCCAUUGAACUGGGGCUUGCAAAGCUAUGCCUAGAAAGAAACAUCCCCUACUUGGGAAUAUGCAGAGGAUCCCAAGUCCUCAAUGUUGCAUGCGGAGGCACACUUUAUCAAGAUGUUGAGAGAGAACUUUCAAAAGAAUGCCCAGAUCAGAGUUGCGCUCAAAGAGUGGCUCACAUAAACUAUGAGAAUUAUGAUGGGCAUAGACAUGGGGUGAAGGUGGUGGAGAAUACACCUUUGCAUCAGUGGUUCAAAGAUUCUUUGGAUGAUGAGAAAAUGGAGAUGUGGGUGAAUAGUUAUCACCAUCAGGGGGUUAAGAGAUUGGCAGAGCGAUUCGCGCCGAUGGCUUUCGCUUCUGAUGGGUUGGUUGAAGGGUUUUAUGAUCCGGAUGCUUAUAAUCCUGAGGAGGGUAAGUUUAUUAUGGGACUUCAAUUCCAUCCGGAGAGAAUGCGACAACAGGAUUCAGACAACUUCGAAUAUCCAGGAUGCGCAGCUGCAUAUCGGGAAUUUGUUAAAGCAGUGAGAGCUUAUGAAAAGAAGCUCAGUCAAAACUCGGCAGGUGUGCCAAAGGCUCCACAGCUUGAUCAGGACCAAGAGAUGAAGAGAAAUAGUAUUGUACGGAGCUUCUCUAUUGCCAAAAACAUGUAUUCUAGGCGUGGAAUUGUUUCAGGCAAAGAAUCUGAUCAACUGGACGUUGGAGCAGAGUUUCUGGAGGCAAAUACAGCACUGAGUUUGCAGCAAGAGAAAAGGCUGAAGCAGAUGGGGGCAACGGUAAGAAAUGCUUCGGCAUACAUACAACGACUGAAGAUGGGCGAGGAGAGGGAGAAAGUUGCAAAGGCCAUAAUUGGGAAGAUGUCGAUAGAGCAGCUAUCUGAUUUGUUGUCUUUCUACCGCAUUAUGAGUCAGAUGUGUUCCGACGCUUUGGACACUAAGUUCCAUGACCUACUUAAUAAUGAAGUUGAAGUUGAUGGAUCUUGAAUUUUCAUUUGCUGUAAAACAUAUGAUUUCCCAGAGCCUUUGUGUUGGACUUCUGAUCUUCCUUUCCUACCCCCUGAAAAUUGUUUCCCGUUUGCGCUGUGUUCUUCUCUUUCUUGCGCUGAAAUUUUAAAAAUAAUAAUAAUUUGGUUUGAAGAGCCUCUUUGCUGCUUAAACCCACAGAGCAGAAUCAACA